CUGGUAGUAUCGCAGCCAGAAAGCGGUGGGAAACAGAAACACUAUGGCUGCCACUCUGUCUCUUACUCAGCUUUCCAGUGGAAAUCCCGUCUAUGACAAAUAUUAUCGACAGGUGGAUCCCUCUGGGAGCGGACGAGUGGCGGCAGCAGAUGCGGCUCUCUUCCUGAAGCGGUCCGGCUUGGCUGACGUAGUGUUGGGAAAGAUCUGGGAUUUGGCAGACAGUGAAAGAAAGGGUUCACUUAACAAACAGCAAUUCUUCAUAGCGUUGCGGUUGGUUGCCUGUGCUCAGAAUGGCCUGGAGGUGGCGCUUAAGAGUCUUAAUGUGGCUGUUCCUCCACCCAAAUUUCAUGAUACAAGUAGCCCACUGUUGGCAGGAGGAGUGGCUGUCGACACUCCCUGGGUUGUCAAGCCGGAGGAGAAGAUGAAGUUUGACUCCAUUUUUGAGAGUCUGGGUCCAGUUGGAGGGAUGCUGUCAGGAGACAAAGUUAAACCUGUUCUGCUCAACUCCAAGUUGCCUGUGGACAUCUUGGGGAGGGUGUGGGAGCUCAGUGACCUCGACAGAGAUGGCAUGUUGGACAGAGAUGAAUUUUCUGUGGCAAUGUUUCUGGUUUAUAGAGCUCUAGAGGGCGAGUCCGUUCCCAUGUCCCUACCGCCUCCUUUAGUUCCACCCUCUAAGAGGAAAAAAUCUGCGGUGGCACCCGUGAUGCCCCUGUUACCCUCACCUCCCUCUGUGAAAGAAAGUCGCUCCUCCCACACUGGCUCGAAGACCCUUCCCCACCCUCCCAAACCCGCGCCAGCUCCUGCCCCAACACCAGCAGCUGUCCCUUGGGUGGUGUCGGCGGCAGAUAAAGCUAAAUACGAUGAACUGUUCAGUAAGACGGACAGCGACAUGGAUGGCUUGGUGUCCGGAGCAGAAGUCAGAGAUAUUUUUCUCAAAACCGGGUUGCCAUCGGCUACACUCGCACGUAUCUGGGAGCUCUGUGACAUUGGAGACAUGGGGAAGCUGACCCGUGAGCAGUUUGCUUUGGCGCUUUAUCUGAUUAAUCUGAAGCUGACGAAAGGCCUGGAUCCACCGCAGACUCUCUCUGCGGAAAUGAUCCCUCCAUCCGACAGACAAAAUGGCAAACAGAACAAUGCAAAUCUGGCAGCUGACUUCUCUGCUAUUAAGGAGCUUGAUACCCUCAGCAAUGAGAUUUUUGAGCUCCAGAGAGAGAAGAGCUCUGUAGAGGAGGAGAUCAAGGAGAAGGAGGAGGCUAUUCGACAACGCACGGAUGAGGUUCAGGACCUCCAAGACGAAGUAGCAAAGGAGACGGAGGAGCUUCAGCGGCUGCAGUCUCAGCGUCAGAAGGUCCAGGAAGCUUUAGAUGAGCUAGACCAGCAGAAAGCCAAUUUGGAGGAGCAGCUCAGCCUCAUUCGAAAGCAGACCAGCCAGGAGACCCAACUUAUCUCAUCACUGGAGUCGGAGCAUGAGGAGCAGGAGCAGAAGAUCUGUCAGUAUGAGGAGGAGCUUGUUCAGGCACGAGAAGAGCUUCUGGCUCUGCAGGAGGAGAGCCGGAGGCUGCAGGAAAAGGUUCAAGCUGCCCAGGAGCAACUAACUCCUCUUCAGGAGUCGGUGCGGGACUCCUUUACUCAAGUUUCCAAGAUUCAGCAGAAAGUACAAGAGCUUCGUCUGGAAGAGAGGUCAGUGACUGCUCAGCUGAGCUGGAAGAGAGCCCUUGAGGACAGCUCCCCAGUCAUGGUUAAUGGAUCGGCUGGCUCCACGGCAGAACUUGACCUCUUCAACGAGGACUUACCUAAAGAGCUUAAGGAGGUUGAGCCAGCUGCUGUCACCAGUCAGCAGAACGAACAUUCAGAUGAAAAGGAGAGGGAGGAAGUCAAUGAGACUGAAAGAGAGAAGGAGGAGCAGAGCACCAAGGCUCCAGAGGAGAAGAGCAAACCUGAUGCUCUGGAUGAUCUCUUCUCCGGUCUAGCAUCUACUGAUAUGUACAGCAGUCUGUCCACCAUUUCUAAGCUACGAGAUAACCCAGUUGAGCAGGAAAACAACAGCUUAGCACCAGAUGUGUCAUCUGAGGCCUCCGAUGAUGAUGAAGAAUCACUAAAAGAGACUCCACUCAAGGUUGACUCUCCAGAGCCAGAGAGCCAGCAGGAGCAAUCAGAGUCUACAGAAACAACGCCCUCCCCGUUACCUCCACAGGUGGGCCCUCGCUCUCUUCCACCACAGACAAGCCCUCCUUCCCUGCCGGAGAUCGACUUCUUCAAUACAGACCCUUUCACUGACCAUGAUCCAUUCAAAGAAGAUCUCUUUGGAAAAGCAGAUGUAGCAGAUCCCUUUGGAGAAGAUCCAUUUAAAGGCUCAGACCCAUUCGCUGCAGACUCUUUCUUCCCCCAGCCCUCCAACGCCAGUUUUCCCUCUAAAGACCCUUUUUCAGCCUCAGCUGACCCAUUUGGCACAACACCUGGAAUACCAGAACCAGACCUAUUUGCAGCCAAAGCUAAGGAUGGAUCAGCACUACCAGCAUCAGCUGCAGCAGCCCCAGAUCCCUUCGUCUCUAAGACAGCCAGUCCACCCCCAGCAUCCAAGGAUCCUUUUAAUUCUGCAGGGGACAAAGUGGGGGAUUCAGACCCAUUUGGAAGCAAAAUGAACAACGCUGGGGAGGUGGAUCCAUUCAGUUCACAGGAGGGGGGGUCAGAUCCAUUCAGCUCUUCUUCUACAAGCUCUGAUCUGGCUGCGAAGGAUUCCACACCAUCUAAUGAUCCCUUUGCUCCUGGAGGUACUACUGUGAGCACCACCUCAGAUCCAGAUCCAUUUGCUGCUGUUUUUGGCAAUGAGUCGUUUGGAGCAGGCUUUGCAGAUUUCACUGCUUUGUCAAAGUCUAAUGGUCUGGACCAAUUUGGCAUCAACAAUAAGAACCUGUUCCAGGAGGACAACCAGUCUGCCAGCUCUGCAGUGCCCCCUGCCCUGCCCCCUAAAACGGGUACACCAACGAGACCUCCUCCUCCACCUCCAGGUAAGAGGGCAUCAGUCUCUAGGACAGAGUCCUCCGACUCUUUCCAGCGGCGAGGACCCCUUCUUCAGACCUCUGCAGACUUCUCCUCUUCCUCCUCUACCCUGCCUGCCAAGGAUCCUUUAGCUGACCCCUUCGCCCCCUCCUCCCCUCCUCGCCACAACAUGCGGGAAGCUGAUCGAUUUGCCAGCUUUGACAAAUAUCCAACCGAGGAAGACAUGAUAGAGUGGGCAAAGCGCGAGAGCGAGCGAGAGGAAAAGGAACGACUAGCAAGGCUCACCCAACAGGAGCAAGAGGACCUGGAGCUCGCCAUCGCUCUAAGCAAGUCUGAACUCUCUUGAGGAGGCUGCUCCCCUCAGCCGGGCAGGCGCUGCAUUGCCUGACCUGGCCCCAAAAAAAAAAA